CAGCAAGUCAGAGAUAUCAUGCGAGCAAGGGAUCCCUACCGACAUAUGAUGCGAAGAGCCCAAGUUCUCCAUCGAAGGGAGUACGAUGUACCCUUCAUCAACUCAGUCUGGCACAUGGACGGUCAACACAAGCUUAUCAACUGGAAAAUUGUCAUACAUGGUUGUGUCGAUGGCAAAAGCCGGCUC